AUGCCUGUUUCGGCUCCGCUUCGUGUUCUAGCAUUUUUUCUGUUGAUUCGAAUGGCGCAACAAUGCUCAAAGAGCAAUUCUCAGCACCAACUUUCUCUUCGAACUAGGCCUGUAGGCGCUGCUCUUUGCGUCUCUUGUAAGGACUUCCUGAACGAAAUAAAAUUGGGCGUCCCAAAAAAACUCGACAUACUAGUUGAUAGGACGCGAAAAGCUGCUCGCGAUAGCCUGCCUUUUUACAAUUACUUCGACAACACCAUCGUCGACUUUCUCUCGACCAGUACUGAUAUGGGCUUUUGGCCGUUAUUUUGGGAGAUGGACCAUGACAGCCUUAUAAGUGCCGGCGGUGCACUGCAGAAGCUCAAGAUGUAUCCAUACUUCGAUAUCGCACACUAUCUCUUAAUGUGUGAGUCGGUUCGAGGUGACUUAGGAGCUUCGUCACUGCCUUUCUCUCGACGUCACCCCUUUUCAUGUUGGCUAUCAUCGAUGUUAAUGUGUUUCGCCGGAGGACUUUUGGCGUGUUUCAUGCUUGGUGAGCCUGUCAUAACACCAUUUAGAAAACAUGACGAUAUUUUGUUGGCAUCAUUGGUGUGGUACGCCGUUUUCUACUCACCGUUUGAUGUCGUUCAUAAGCUGAUUUCUUUGAAGCCAAUGAAAGUUGUGGUAUCCAUAACCAAAGAAGUUCAAAGAACCCACAAGAUAUCUCAUGGUGUUGCAUAUGCUGCGAAGCUGUAUCCAGAAUCAUACAUUGUCCAACUGUUAGUAGGAGUAGCGAAGGGUGCUGGUUCAGGUGUGGUGAAGAUAGUUGAACAGCUUGUCCGAGGUACGUGGUCCCCGUCGCAGCAUGAAAUGUUGCGUCCAUCAUUUACUACAAAGGCAUGCGUAGUGGCUGCAUUAGUAUUCACGUUAGAACGAAAUAGUAUGUAUGUGACGGCACCUCAUGAUCUCGUUUAUCUGUGUGUUAUCGGAUUCUUUGCAUACUUCAAGCUAUCAGCUCUUUUGCUUGGAGUUACCGACCCGCUGGCUCCGAUCGAAAAUCUUUUUUGCGCUCUCUUUAUGGGCGGAAUCUGCGACGCUCUACACAAAGCUGUUGAUGCAACAAGGGAAGAAGCGAACGCUGGAAAGAAAAAAAUCGAGGACGAUAUUUUUGGAGCUUCUAUAUCUAACUGUCCAAUCGAAUACAAACUGUUCCUUGACUUUUGUUUUGGUGACCGUAUGGCGGCCCACCAGCUGGAAUGCAGCUAUCUCACUACUGCGGAGACAGAGUCAGCGUUCAUCUUUAAGAGGCCAUGGAUUUGGAAACGACGAAAAACAAGAUGGAGAGAUUUGUUCGUAUUGGAGUUUGUACAAACACGGAUGCGAACCGCCACUACUGAUGACGGGAGAAACUUGGUUUUCUUUUCACGUAUUUGUACGAGUUGUUGCUGGUUUGUGACUGCGAUCCAUCUUGGUGAACCUUUCCCGAGUCUUGCUAGUGUUCUCAGUUCGAUCUUUGUUUUGGAAAACAUCGCAGAACCUACUCUUCGCGAAUUUCUACCGGCCGUCGCACUUCCGAGUUCAAUUGCGUAUUUUAUUCUGUUUGCCAACUUCUGUGGACCACGAUUCCUGUCCCUUAUGUGUACAGCGGACACGACUCGAAUACGAUGGCACGACGUAUCCGCGAGUAGUGAUGUGAGCUCCAUCUAA